CUCGAAACAUCAAUCGGUUUGGUUGUGUUUUUUCGUCCGCGUUGUCUGUUUUCGGUUCCCGGAUUUUGCCUCGGUAACAACUGAAUACCGUAAACGUUUACGGCCGCACAGGAUUUGUGACCAGUGCGCAUGUAGUUGUAUUUAUGUCCGUGGCCUCUUAAUAAUCCGUAUCGGCGAAUAAACGUGCGUAGUUUUUUAUUGUCUGUGAUUUGAGGUCCUCAGAAUUCCGGCAACAGCAGCAGAAGAACGGCUCUCCUCCAUUGAUUGAAUUAAAUUUGAUAAUCGGCUGGCCAAAUACCACUACUGCUCAGUAUCAAGAAAAAGGUUGUUCCGGCUGAUUGUGUGAACAGAAGAAAGCAACGAAAAUGAGCUCAAUGGCGCUACGAUUCGCACCCCGUCUGGGAAAACCGAUCAACAAGAUCCUGGCCGCGUCCGGAAGCCAGACCAACAGCUACUUCACCUACUCGAACCAGAUCUCGCAGCCGAUGGACCGAAAGCCCAAAUACGUGACAGCCGAGGAAGCGGUCAAGGUGGUCAAGUCAUCUGACGUCGUGUUCGCCCAGGGCGCUGCCGCCACUCCGAUUCACCUGCUGGAUGCUAUGACCAAGCAUGCCGUGGACUGUAAGCUCUGCGACAUUACGGUCACCCACAUGCACACCGAAGGUCCGGCCUCGUACUGUGCUCCGGAAUUCAAGGACAUCUUCCGCUCGAAAUCCCUCUUCAUGGGUGGCAAUGUGCGGAAAGCUGUCGCCGAGGGCCGCGGCGACUCGGUGCCCAUCUUCUUGCACGAAAUCCCAAUCCUGUUCCGGCGCAAGCUCAUCCAACCGGAUGUGGCCUUCAUUUCUGUCUCGCCACCGGAUCAGCACGGUUACGCCACUCUCGGCACCAGUGUGGAUUGCGUUCGGGCAGCUCUGGAAAACUCAAAGGUGAUCGUGGCACAGGUUAACAAGCAGAUGCCGCGCACCUUUGGCGACUCCAUCAUCCACGAGUCACACUUCGAUUACGCCGUUAAUGUGGACAUUCCUCUGCCAGAGCAUGGUGGCAAGGGAAUGUCCGAAACGGAGACCAAGAUUGGCAGUUUGAUUGCAGAGAACUUGGUGGAGGACGGAGCAACUCUGCAGAUGGGUAUCGGUAACAUUCCGGAUGCCGUGCUGAAUGCUCUGCACAACCACAAAGAUUUGGGCAUACACUCGGAGAUGUUUGCCGGCGGUGUUGUCGAUCUGGUUGCCAAGGGCUGUGUCACCAACGAUAAGAAAACGUACCACCGGGGUCGCAUCGUUGGCUCAUUCUUGAUCGGAACAAAGAAACUCUAUGACUUCGUGGACAACAAUCCUUUUAUUGAAAUGUUGGAGAUCAACUACGUAAACAAUGUUGGAAUAAUCGCACGCAACCCAAAGAUGACGGCAAUCAAUUCGGCCAUUGAGGUUGAUCUCACCGGACAAGUUUGUGCCGAUUCUAUCGGUACACGUAUGUAUUCCGGUUUCGGUGGUCAGGUUGACUUCAUUCGCGGCGCAGCCGAAGGGUUCGAUGGCAAGGGCAAACCCAUUAUUGCUCUUCCCUCGAUUACCAACAAAGGAGAGAGCAAGAUUGUACCAACAUUGAAAGUCGGUGCUGGCGUUGUAACGUCUCGAGCGCAUGUACAUUAUGUCGUCACCGAACAUGGUAUCGCCAAUCUGUUUGGCAAAUCUCUGCGCCAGCGUGCAUACGCCCUGAUUCAAAUUGCUCAUCCGGAUCACCGAGAGGCGCUCGAGAAGGCAGCAUUCGAACGACUAAAGACCAUGCCAACACCGAACUAAAGCUAUCCAAAUGCAUGUUUUUAUUCAGGUAGGUUUUCUAAAAUUUAAACAAAAACAAACGUGAGAAAGAUAUUAACGAAAACUCAAGAAAUCCUACUGCCACAAAUGAAUUAGAUUACCAAAAUUAUUCCAGUUUACCUUGGAAAGCGAUAAGGAGUUUUACUUUCAUGUAUAUUUUCCUAAUAAAAAUUACGCUAUUCGAACAAAAAUUUUGAAGUUACCUCAAACAAACUGUUUGGCACUAUCCAAAGUUUCAAAAAUAUUAUAGGAUAUAGCGCUUUGAACAAAAAAAACUAAGUAAAAACAAGUAGUAUGUUAGAAAACAUGAUCUAGCCUCACCUACCAUGUAGAACUAACUGGUUAGAGAACAAAAAACUAAGGGCAUUCAAAAACAAUCACUACUAUGUUAUGCUAAAUUGGAAAAUCGCAGUUUUUCAGUAUAAGGAACAAAAUACAAAUUACAAAACGAUAGUGAAAAAACGAAACAAACAUAAAUCACAUAAAAGUCAACCAUCUAUCUCCAAGACGUGCAUUGCAUAUUUAAAGAAAAAAAUACACACACAAUAAGUUAAGUCAUUAGGGAAAAUCAACCGUACAUAGGAGCACAUGGAAUUACUGAAACUGUUACGAGAUGCGGUACCUUCCUUGCUACUAAGAAUGGUAUGCACUCAGUUCAGUAACGGUAGAUAUCAUGUUCUAUCGACGAGAAGCUGCUACCGCAAGGUCAUUAAACAGUUUACGCUUAAA